UGAAGGAGAAGGAGUUGAGAGUGAAUACCAGAGGCAAUUCCAAUCCAUGGUCGGGAGCCUACUCUACGCUGCUGUGCAUACUCGGCCUGACAUCAGCUUUGCUGUGGGACAGCUGGCUCGAGUAGUGCAAAAUCCAACAGAAGAGCAGUGUGGUGCAGCGGAGAGAGUGGUGCGCUACCUUAAGUCAUACCCUACAGUGGGAGUACAGUAUUCAGCCUCUGCUCAACUCAGUCAAAAAGGAGUUGAAGUCCUCAAAGAGAAGGGGGAGCAGCUCGGAGAAGGAAAGGUGUUCCUUUCCUAUUUUGCUGAUGCCACAUGGGCUUCUGAGCAUGAGGAUUCAUCAUCAGUUGGUGGAUACAUCUGCAUGGUGGGAGGUGGGCCUGUAAGUUGGAGGUCCAAGAAGCAGUCUGAGACGGCACUAUCUUCAGUGGAAUCUGAGUACAUGGCGAUGUUUCAUGCGGCAAAAGAAAUCAUCUGGCUAAGGAGGCUCUUGAAGGAGAUCGGCCAUGAACAGACUUGUGCGACACCUCUGUUCAGUGAUAGCAAGGGAGCCAUUGCCAUGGCACGCAAUGCAGUUCUUCAUGGGUUGAACAAGCACAUGAGGAUCAAGUGGCAUUGGCUACGGAAGGAGGUGAAGCUUGGGACACUGGAUCCGAUCUACGUGAAAACUCAGCAACAGCCAGCCGACUUCCUUACCAAGCGGCUAGCUGAAGAGCCACACUGGCGCUCUGCUACACCAAAGUUGGAGAGCCCUAUAACGAGGAGGGACCAGCAUGUGUGGGACUUUUGUCCCCACCUUGCAGCUGCAGCAUUUGGGGUUUGGAGACCAACCUGGCACAGUCAGGUGACGAUGGACUUCGUCACAGGACUGCCUGCAAAGGACGGCUGUAAUGACGCGAUAUUUGUCGUCGUCGAUAAGCUGACGAAGAUGGCCCACUUCGCCGCCUGCAAGGAAAGUAUCUCAGCCAAAGAAACAGCCCGCCUCUUCAUCCCAACUGUCGUUCACCUCGAUGGAAUUCCAUCCGCCAUCAUUUUGGAUCGUGACACAAAAUUCACCAGUAAUUUAUGGCGCAACCUAUGGGAACAGUUUGGCACGCGCCUGCAAUUCUCCUCCGCCUACCACCCCGAGACUGACAGACAGACCAAACGGGCCAAUCAGACGAUGGAGGAGCUGAUUCGCACCACCUGCGACGACUGGGAGCAGCAACUUCCACUCAUUGAGUUUACGUAUAAUAAUGCCCCGUCAGCCACUACACGACAGUCACCUUUCUACCUGAAUUAAGGACAAAACCCUACACUACC